GCCAAGGAACAAGGAACCAUGGAUGACGCGCUGUUCAAACCAGCUCUUGCAGAGAAGCAAAACAGUCAGGGCGAUGUAGACGACUUGUCAUCUGGGGACGAGGAUGGAGGACUUGACUGGACCAAACUCCAAUCUACCUUACGUUCUGCUCGGCCAGUCAUACCAAAACGUGGCGAGAAAGAGUUCGAGCCAGCCCCAGGCGGCGGCUCUGGUCUCCAGAUGCACGUCCUCGAUCGUGCCCGCAACGCCAUGUUUGACACGCUCCGCGCUGAACGUACUGUGUCCAGCAAGUCGAUAAGCUACGGUAUUUGGUACCCCGACAUCUCGCGCACGCAGGUAACCCUGAAUCGUGGUGUCCACUUCUCCGUCAUGGGCCACUCGGCUCCCCGUCCUGUGCUUAGCGACGAUGGAUCUACGAAACUCCACAAACGCUUGGAGUUACUCCCAGAAGAGACGCUUUAUCUCAUCGAGCGCGGCACCAUGCUCUGCUGGAAACACGCUGCCGAGCUGGAUAUCCCCGAACUGCACAGCGGAGACUUGGACGCGAAGAUAGGCGGCGCGCCUAUGUCCGUACAGCAAGCUUACUCUGAGUUAGUAGGGAGGGAAGAUCUGUCCCUGGAGAAAUACCAGGUGUUCGCGUACCUUCGUCGACUAGGAUAUGUCGUGACUCGCACUUCUCCGCCGACACCGGAUUAUCCAAUACCGCCGCUUUUGUGUCCCAAGCAGGGCAGCCAAUCUAGCUCGCUGGUAACACGCUUUAUUGCACAAAUCAGAGGUUUCAUUAUGGCUAUAUGGGGGAAAUCAGUGAGCCGUCAGAAGACAAUGUGGUCUAUCGCUGUGUCUCGAUCAUGGAGAUUCAAACAUGACUGGACAUACAAUUCGAUACUUCGCUCGCUGAGAAUUGUACCUGCUGGCCAUAGCGUGCCUUUGUAUGCAGCUUUCAACUCGAAAAAGGCCAAAAUCUCCGAUAAGGAGAAGUCUACACCUGGUGGAAAGUCACCGUACCAUGUGUUUUAUAACGUCUACAAACCUUCGACCCCAUUCCGGAAAUCUGCACCCGGACAGCCAGACUUCUGUAUGGCGGUCGUCAAUGCGCGAACCACAUGUGCGCCUACGAUACAUGAACUCUCGGUCCUGUUCUCGGGCUUGCCCGAACACGGAGCGCCUCGCCCUCGAAAACGAAACACGGGACCUGCUAAGGGCCACAACGAAGCCUCCACAACCCCGGCGGACAUAGCGAAGCUGAGUGACGUGGCACCGAGCGACUCUCGUCUGGCGCCCUCCGGAUCAGCGGCUGGCACUUCUUGGUUCGGCAAGCUCUGGCACCGCCUCGUUCCUUCGAGCUGUCAUAUUGUCCAUUCGGACAUGCCGACAAAGAAGAAGAGCCAACCGCCAAAUCCAUUCCCCGCCCUCAAGGCGGGAAAGAAAACGGUGAUUGUAGCCGCGGUCGAUCAUGGUAACAUCAGUUUCUUCAGGUUCAGCGAGGGCGUGUUCGAGGACUGGGAGAUGUUAUAGGCUCUUGUGACGUCCGGUGACAAAAAGCAGCAGUAUAUCUUCACCCUCCGUAGUGUUGCUGGUGAAGCUAGAUGGUAUACUU